CUGGAUUUGGUUCUUUGCAAAAUGAAUAUUGCAUUGUUUCACAAAGGUUGGACCCUCCAGUAGAAUUUGUCAAGAUCAGUGCACAUAAAUCAACAGCUUAUUUUUCCUGAAGACUAAUGUGCAGCUUUUAAAGUUUUAAUCACAAUGAAUUCAGGCUUAUGGAGUCAAGAAAAAGCAAGUUCAUCCUAUUGGGAAGAGCGGAUCUUUUACUUGCUUCUCCAAGAAUGCAGUGUCAUAGACAAGCAGACUCAAAAGCUCUUGAAAGUGCCCAAAGGUAGCAUUGGGCAGUUUUUUCAAGACCGUUCUUCUGUGGGACACUCCAGAAAUAUUCCUUGUAAAGGCAAGAAACUGCAGAUUGGAUUAAAGAUUCUGGAACAACCUCACGCAGUCCUGUUUGUGGAUGAGAAGGAUGUUAUAGAAAUAAAUGAAAAACUAGCCGAGUUGCUUUUGGCCAUUACUAACUGUGAGGAAAGGUACAGUCUGUUUAAAAGCAAAAGCAGGUUAACUAAAGGCAUCCAAAUAGAUAUUGGCUCGCCUGUUAGAGUACAGCUGAGAUCAGGAGAUGAUAAAUUUCCUGGAGUUGUUCGCUUCAGAGGACCCUUAAUGCAAGAAAGGUCCUUAACAGGGAUAUACUUUGGAGUAGAGUUGCUGGAAGAAGGUCGCGGUCAGGGCUUUACUGAUGGACAGUACCAAGGCAAGCAGCUUUUCAGAUGUGAUGAGGAUUGUGGGGUUUUUGUUGCUUUGGACAAACUGGAGCUGGUGGAAGAUGAUGACAAUGAACUGGAAAGUGACUAUGCAGCUCCAGUUGACGCAAUGCAGGUAGAACUUCCUCCUCUGGAGAUCAACUCCAGGGUUUCUCUGAAGAUAGGAGAGAGUAUAGAGUAUGGGACAGUUAUAUUCUGUGAUGUCUUACCAGGAAACGAAAGUUUAGGAUACGUUGUUGGAGUGGACAUGGAUAAUCCUAUUGGAAACUGGGAUGGAAGAUAUAAUGGAAUACAGCUGUGCAGUUUUGCAAGUGUUGAAAGUACACUGCUUUUGCAUAUCAAUGAUGUUAUUCCAGGUGUCUUAGAGACUGUGUCACAGGACAGGAGACCUCCCAAGCUUGCCUAUACCUCAAGAGGUGGUGGUGACAAAAGCUUGUUCAAUCAUAGUAAGCCAAAGGCUACAGGAUCUACCUCUGAACCUGGAAAUAGAAACAGAUCUGAAGUCUUCUACACAUUGAAUGGCUCAUCAGUUGACUCUCAGCCUCAAAUGAAAACAAAACCCCCAUGGUAUAUUGAUGAAGUUGCUGAAGACCCUGCAAAAUCACUUACUGAUUCAUCUCCUGGAUUUGGGCAUUCUUCACCACCACUGCAGCCACCUUCGACAAACUCUGUGUCUACAGAAAACAGAUUUCACUCCCUCCCUUUUAGCUUGACAAAAAUGUCAAGUACUAAUGGUACUAUUGGACAUAGUCCUCUCUCUUUAUCUGUUCAGUCAGUCAUUGGUGAUGUAAAUACUACAACUAACCAGGAGAGUCCAUCAACAGCAGGCCCAGUCGGGAACUCACAUGGUCUUGAAGCAGGUUCCUUGGCUGAAGUUAAAGAAAAUCCUCCUUUCUAUGGAGUAAUCCGCUGGAUUGGCCAGCCCCCUGGAGUAAAUGAAGUAUUAGCUGGACUGGAACUGGAAGAUGAAUGUGCAGGUUGUACGGACGGAACAUUUAAAGGAACUCGGUACUUCACUUGUGCUCCGAAGAAAGCUCUUUUUGUUAAACUCAAAAGCUGCAGGCCAGAUUCCAGGUUUGCCUCACUACAGCCUGUUUCCAACCAGAUUGAACGCUGCAACUCUCUAGCCUUUGGAGGUUACUUAAGUGAAGUGGUAGAAGAAAACACUCCUCCAAAAAUGGAAAAAGAAGGUUUAGAGACAAUGAUUGGAAAGAAGAAAGGUAUCCAGGGUCAUUACAACUCCUGUUACUUAGACUCCACCUUAUUCUGCCUGUUUUCUUUUAGCUCUGUUUUGGACACUGUGUUACUCAGACCUAAAGAAAAGAAUGACGUAGAGUAUUAUAGUGAGACUCAAGAGCUAUUGCGGACAGAGAUUGUGAAUCCUCUGAGAAUAUAUGGAUAUGUAUGUGCUACAAAAAUAAUGAAACUGAGGAAAAUACUUGAAAAAGUUGAGGCUGCAUCAGGAUUCACUUCAGAGGAAAAAGAUCCAGAAGAAUUUUUGAAUAUUUUAUUUCACCAUAUUCUAAGAGUUGAGCCACUGUUGAAAAUAAGAUCAGCAGGUCAGAAAGUACAAGACUGUUACUUCUAUCAAAUUUUUAUGGACAAAAAUGAGAAAGUUGGAGUCCCAACAAUUCAGCAGUUACUAGAGUGGUCAUUCAUCAACAGCAACUUGAAGUUUGCAGAGGCACCCUCUUGCCUGAUUAUCCAGAUGCCUCGGUUUGGAAAAGACUUCAAAAUGUUCAACAAAAUUUUUCCAUCCUUGGAAUUAAAUAUAACAGACUUACUUGAAGACACUCCCAGGCAGUGCCGUAUAUGUGGAGGGCUUGCUAUGUAUGAGUGCAGAGAAUGUUAUGAAGAUACUGAUAUUUCUGCUGGGAAAAUCAAGCAGUUCUGCAAAACAUGCAAUACGCAAGUUCAUCUUCAUCCCAAGAGACAGAGUCAUAAAUUCAAUCCAUUGUCACUACCUAAAGAUCUGCCAGACUGGGACUGGCGACAUGGCUGCAUCCCGUACCAGAAGAUGGAGUUGUUUGCUGUUCUCUGCAUAGAAACGAGCCACUAUGUAGCUUUUGUUAAAUAUGGGAGGGAUGACUCCGCCUGGCUUUUCUUUGAUAGCAUGGCAGAUCGGGAUGGAGGUCAGAAUGGCUUUAACAUUCCACAAGUUACGCCGUGUCCAGAAGUUGGUGAAUACCUGAAGAUGUCUCUAGAAGAAUUACACUCGCUGGAUUCCAGAAAAAUUCAAGGUUGUGCACGAAGACUACUUUGUGAUGCUUACAUGUGCAUGUAUCAAAGUCCAACGAUGAGUUUAUACAAAUGAACAAUGUCCUCUGGAAAACUGAAGAAACAGUAUAGAGUUACCGACUGUUGCAUUUGCUGCAUUGUUUGGUUAGUUUUAAUGCAACCGUUGCUGGCAAUGGAUGCGAUGACAAGGAAGAAGUUGACUAUGAGAGCAGAAGGAUUACUGUUCCAAAAACUACACGUGGAGUUCUGUAAUUGAAGUAUUGAAGCAUUUUGCACUCUAGGAAGUGUGCUUGUGUGUGUUUGUUUUAUAAACAAAAUCUAAGUGAAGUUACUAAAACUUAAAGCUUUAAGUGCAUUGAUUAUACACAGGCUUUUUUGAAACGUUAAAGGUGGAAUUAUAUCAGGAGAAACCUCCUUAGUCCAUUGAGAAUGUAAAGAUACACAGUGGUCUUGCUCAGUGCAUUUCUGUGGACCAAGGCUGAUGAUUCUCUUGUGUUUCUCUGCCUUCCACCUCCACCACUUCUCCCCACCCUUUUAGCACCAUAGAUUCUCUCUCUUAAAGAGAGAAUAACUUCAGUUUUAGUAAGAGAAAUUUUAGACUGUUCAUUGCAUAUUAAUUCUGUUCUGUUAUCUGUCUGCUACAUUCUUUUCAGUUCACACAUUUGCAUCUUCAAAAUUUAACAUUCACUUAAAGAUCUGAAUUCCUGUCUUGUGAAAAUGAAGCACACAGAUUUGCUAUCUGUUAAUGUGCAAUUUUUGGAGGGGAAAAAGAGGAGGAGAAGAGGGUAUUAAGGGGAAGCAUAAUUGCUGAAAUAGAAAAUUAGCAAUGAAAGUUAACAGAUGUCUUUUUCUAAGUGUCUACUUUGAAAGAAACAAAGCAGUCUGGAACAGAACAGCAACUAUAUACAAAUGAUUCGAGGACAAAACAAUAAAGUAGUGGAUUGCCUCAGGGAGUGUUACUGAAGUGGAUUCUAGUCCUUGGUAAAACAAAACUGACUUUUCUACAGUACAUUAAGCUACUACCUGGGAAUAUGUUAUACAUCUGACUCUUCAUUUCAGGAUUACUAAUGAAUAUUAAAAAUCUCUGCCUGGAAAGAUGAAACUAUAAGUAAAAGUAGAUCAGAGUUUUACUGUGUACCAAGUACCUAAUGAAACCUAACUUGAAAAGCUGCAAAACCUGUGUUGAUGUAAAAUAUACUUUGAAGUCUGUUGGUUCCUGUUUGCAAUGAAAUACUGUUGUUUUAGCUGCUUUUUAGCUACUUCUGUCUACACUGACUAGCAAACAUGCAACUAUAUAUAUACAGUAAAAUCUGGUUGUACAAAUUGCAUAUAUAUGAGCUGUACAUUUUCAUAUGGAAAACUUCCUUCUUGGGAUGAAGUCUAUAGAAGGAGAGGUCACAAAAUAUAACAGAGGAAAAGCCACUUCCAAAAAGCUACUCUUUUAAAGACAAUAGAGACUGAUCCCGUAUUGUAGAAAAUGUGGUUACUUUGUUGUUCUUGGCAAGCCUAAAAUCUUUCUUUGGGACACACUCUACCCCAGAACAGUACUGGAGAGAGAUUUGAAAACUGUGCUUGAAGGACUAAUCUGUCUAAAGCAAGGGGUGCUGAGGGAGUUGAUCUGUUCCAUUAGCUGCUGCAUGAAGUGUGCUCUAAUUUUUCACUCUCAAGAGCAAGGAAGUUAUUAAAAGUGUCACUGUUGCUUUUGCCUCUAAUAGUCUCCUGGCUUCCACGUUCCCUUGCCUUAUUUAUCUAGUCUGUGCUCCUUGGCAAAACUCUGUUUCUUUAGUUUCAGGACUACUACGAGCUCUGGAACUCUUUCUCUCCUGAAAAAUUUCAGUGAGGCUUUAGGUGAUGGAUUCUAUAACCAUCUGUCAAUGGAUGGGUUAUUGUCCAUUGGCUCUUCCUUGGUUACAUACCGUCCUGCUCUGGGACGGCAGAUGCUCAGAUGUGUCAACAAAGAUGCCAUACAAGCAUCUCAUAGGCAAUGUAAGGUAAAAAGACUAGCUAUAGGUCUUGGCUAGGCAGCUUGUAUUUAUUAAAAGGGACUCGAACGCUUGCGUAAUCUGAGCAGAAGGUAUGGUAACCCACCCUUGGCUGCAUUUUGAAGAGGAAGUCUGGCCACAGCCUCCAGGUACCUCAAGUGAUGUUUUUAAAUAGAGGUGUUUGCAAAGCAAAGGCAAGAGGGGGCUUGCAAAAAAAAAAAAAAGGCAAUACAACGGACUCAACUUGCUCUCUACAAAGUUUGAUACCUUGUUUGAUACCUUCAUUCCCCUAGCCCCGUAGUGACUCUCAACCUGAAAGUAGUUGCAAGUGGUGCCCCCUUCUGAACAAGGAGCAAACGUAAAGGCUUUACAAAAGGAACAAGCACAAACCUAUGUACCAAUGAGACCAAUUUGAAUGUCUGGAUUCUUCCCUAUCCCUAGAUUUAUUUUCUAGUUUUCCCAAUGCAUUAACUUUCAUAUGUCUUCCACUCAUGUCAUC